GGUCAGUUGCAUACCUCAGGACUGAAGAUAGCCAGGGCCAAAUCCAUCUAUGCUUCCUCAUWGCUCGCUCGCGUGUAGCGCCCAGACGCCAAAUGUCCAUACCUCGGUUGGAGCUAUCUGCAGCCUUAACCGGCACUCAGUUGGCUAAGCUCCUAAAUGCAGAACUCACCCUGAAGAUUGACACUACCACCUUGUGGACAGAUUCCACCACAGUGUUAAGAUGGAUACUWUCGGACUCAUGUCGCUACAAAGUAUUUGUGGGCACCCGAGUGGCAGAGGUUCAGGAUUUAACAGAUCCACAAUCUUGGCGUUACGUUGAUUCAGCCAGCAAUCCMGCUGAUGACAUCACUCGGGGUAAGACCUUGCAGGCUUUGUCCAAGCCAAACAGAUGGAGCCAAGGUCCCUCUUUCCUACUCCAAACCCAGGACCACUGGCCUACUAAGCCAAUGUYCCCAUCUGAAGAGGAGCCYUCAGAGCUACGGAAGUCAGUCUUUUGUGGUACAACUUCAGCCACCACUACCUYGAACUCAGAAUCUGAAACCUACCAAGACUGGCAGGAACUACUUGAAUCCACUGCAAAGAAGCUACAAACUGUAGUAGGAAAGGAUUUAAGUUUGACUGCUGAAGACUACCGCCAUGCGGAACAGCAGAUUGUAAGUAAGAUGCAACAUGAUAGCUUCCCUGAUGAGAUCAAACUUCUUAGAUUGGGUAAGCCAGUUGCUGCUAACAGCAGAUUGCGUGCUUUAGCACCACAGUUGAGUGAAUCAGGAGAAAUCAGGGUAGGUGGCAGAMUGAGACACGCUAAGGAUCUGGAGUUUGGCACAGUACAUCCAGUGGUUUUAGAUCCACACCACCCAUUCACCAGACUACUGAUACAGGAUUAUGAUCGACGCUUGUGCCAUCCUGGUCCUGAACGACUGUUUGCCGACAUWCGCCGAAGCUUUUGGAUACUUCGAGGUAGAGAAGCAGUUCGACGUCAUCAGUCCAAAUGCCCAGACUGCAGGCGGUGGAAGUGCAGUUAA